UCGCGUUAAGCCCAACCUGUUCCACCCAUAUCUUAAGUAUUGCAUGCCUAUUUUAAUUUUUCAUUACGUACACAGCUGCAGAAAAGUUGUUUUCACUUCAGAUCAAAAACUUGUGGUAUUACCCAGGGUGGUCUACAAGACAAGGAUGAAACUUUUAGGAGCUGCGGCAGAUAUGCAAAUGCACAACUUAGAAGUUUGUGUCGAGUCGGCAUAUGACAGAAAUGGGAAAAUACCACGACUGGUUAGACCAACUGUUCCAAAAUAUCUCAGGAAAAAACGUGCUGUUGUGGGACAUCAUCGGCCGACAACUUCUUCCUUGGCGAAAAGUUCUCAAGUUUUCUGCAGCCGAACUAAAAAAGAAUUUAUACUUCCUGCAAAAUGUUCAGCACCAUAAUCAUAAUGAUAACGGUAAUAAUAAAACUGAUUUCUGAUACUCCCCCCUCGUCCUUCUAUCGAGUACGUUGUUGCACAUUUUUGUAGAAUGAUAUUAGUGGUAUUGCAGGUUAAACUGAGUGUUAGAAUUGCAGAUAUCACAUGCCUAAUAAAUACGAUGCCACCAGAAACUAAUUGUUAUUUUGUCUAUGUGUAAAAUGUUUCUUUUUUUAUUUAGAAUUAAUUUUAGAAUUAGUUUGUAUGUAGUUAGAUAGUACCAAUAACUGGGUUAGUAGUAGUAGAAGAACAUAGAAAAAAUGAUGGAAAAGUUUGAGCAAGAGAGGUA